GCUGACAGGGAUAACCGUCCAACGAUCCGAAACGUGGAGACCGGAAAGUGUUCGUCACCGUGUUCAUAGUUUGACGAAGCACGUCAUCACGCAUGUGUGCCAGUUGGGUGUAAUAUUUGCGUUCACAAUUGUCCACACGAGGCACCCGGUCGGACGGUCGUGAUGCAACAGGGUGAUGCAUGUUACUUAUUUUAACUUGCUCGUGUGUUUUCCUUGCAUCGCCUAGGUGCAAGGUGCCAUAAGCGUUGGGUGAUCAUGCGUAAGCCUCAUCGGGGCGGUUGUGGCAAGACCUGUAAAGCUGCCGGACGGAAGUAUCUGUGCUCGUUCGCUCGCCGUACAAUGCUGAUCUUAGGGCCUUAGGCUUUGGGCGCAUACCGGCCGUAAUUAAUUGGCAACCGGACAGGACAGGCUCACCUGCCGGAGACUCGCUCUUUUACAGUCGGCUGGAAUUAAAAUAGAAAACUACUCGAACCCAGCGAAAGGCAAGACUUUAGGAGGAGAUGGCAGCAUCAACAACAUGCAGGAGUUUUCAUCGAAAACAGAAGUGAUAAACCCCCAGAAAGAAAAAUGAAUGCAAUUGAAGUGCCGAGUGAUCGAGUGUGUUUGACGGUGCCGUUCAGCCCAAACCGUAAAAGGGAAGUGAAAUAAAGCAAUUUAGCGCACGAGCGGCCCGGUGUCUGUGUGAAUGUGAAUUAUAGUGCGCCCAGGGUUGGCGAUUGCACUGGGAGAAUUCCACACACGGCGUCAGUGUGCAGCGACAAAAAGUGCAGUGGCAGUGAAACAAAAAGAGGCGAAAGAAAAAAGAAACCUUCAAGCCUCUUUAAUCAAAGGGGUUGGUUGUCGUAAGAUACAGUGCCAACCAGAAGCAGAUCUAAACAGCAUCCCCACAGGCAGCAAGAUUGCUGGGGUUGAUGUGAAAAACUGGAAAAAGAGGGAGCAAAACAAAACACACACAGAAAGCAUCCCAAGCCAUCAAUUAACGCCCAGAUUGGCAAGAAAAACGGAGCAACGGUGCAUCGGUGUGUACUAAAGCGGCCGCCGUAAAGAGCUGUCGAAUUCCAAGAACCAAAUCCAAUUCCUGUUCCGUAUCUACUGGCCUGUUCGCUAUCAAAACGAAUGACAGCCCCGUAUUGACACGCAACUAGCGGUGUAAUAUGCUUUCACUUAAGCAAAUGCACGCGUACCAAGCCAUCCCGGGACGGCGCUGCAAGUGACAAAACCCCGAUCCUUCACGCAAACACACACACACACUACAAAUUGAGACACACACAUUUUGUUAGCAAAAACCUUCACUCAAAACCGAGUUUCCUUGAAGCCCACCGCACCGCUUCCCGCCGACAGCAGCAAGAUGGCGCUCAGUACGACGACCGAUGCAUCGGUGGAUGUGAUCGCACAAAAACGGCUCGAGUGUCUGGAGACCCUGAACGAAACCGUCGACACGACGAUAUCGGGUCUCUUCUGCCCCGGGACGUGGGAUGGGUGGUUGUGUUGGCCGGAUACGGCGGCAGGCACCUCGGCGUACGCCCUCUGCCCAGGCUUCAUAUCAGGUUUCGAUCCAACGAGGUUCGCGCACAAGGUGUGCGGCGAGACCGGUGAAUGGUUCCGGCAUCCGGAGACGAACAAGAGCUGGUCCAACUACACAACCUGCAUCAACCUGGACGACUACGAGUGGCGGAAACAGGUGAACCUAAUAUACGAAACCGGAUAUGCCAUCUCGCUGAUAGCUAUCCUGCUAUCGCUCGCUAUUUUAAGCUACUUUAGAUCGUUGAAAUGCGCACGAAUAACGCUACACAUGAACCUGUUCGUAUCCUUCGCCUGCAACAACUGCCUCUGGCUGCUGUGGUACCGGCUGGUCCUGACCGAUCUCGAUCUCCUCAAGCAAAGCGGUGCUGGCUGUAUCACACUGCAUCUGGUGCUGCACUACUUCCUGCUGACCAACUACUCCUGGAUGCUGUGCGAAGGUUUCUAUCUUCACACGGUGCUCGUGUCGGCCUUCGUGUCGGAGAAGAAGCUUCUCAAAUGGCUGCUGGCGCUCGGUUGGGGCUCGCCCGCUUUCUUCAUCGUCCUGUACGGGUUCCUGCGCGGUUACGUCAGUCCACCGCACGAUACAAUAGAAUGCUGGAUGAACGAUAGUUCCUUCAACAAGGUGUUCGUCGGACCGGUGUGCAUUUCGAUGCUGCUGAACCUGGUGUUUCUGUUCAACAUCAUGCGAGUGUUGCUGCUGAAGCUAAAGGCACCGGCCGGUCCGCAGGGUGCCGGUCCGUCGAGAACGAUUCUACAAGCCUUCCGCGCAACACUGCUACUAGUUCCACUGCUCGGUCUCCAGUACAUACUUACGCCGUUUCGUCCCGGCAACGGUCAUCCGUACGAGCGAACGUACGAAACGAUGCUUGCUUGCACUUCCUCGUUUCAGGGUCUGUUUGUGGCGGUCCUAUUCUGCUUCCUGAACGGUGAGGUGAUCGCACAAGUGAAACGCAAAUGGCGCACCGUGUUCCUGCGUACCCGGGCCAACUCCUACACCGCGACGCAAGUGUCCCCGGUCACCUUGCAGUUCGUCCGUUGCGGUCCACCAGUGCCCGGUGAGGAGAAGGUUUGACUAAAGGAGUACACCGACCGCGGCCCAACUAAAUCCGCCCGUAACCCGUUCCCGAACCGCACCACCCGGAAGCGUUCGCUGCUGCUUGCUUCCUCCUCCGAACCGUCGGAUCCGGUGACCAGCACAAUCCCGCCAAGGUCUCCGACCGACACCGUGGUUCGCGACCAACGCACCACGGUCAUCGAUCGUCCACAGCCCGUCCCAACCGCGGAGACCGCUACAACCGCGACAGCGCAGCGCGUACACUUCCGACCGGAACCGGUAGCCGAUCUGCGUCCACUGGCGGCGGACGGUAAACCGAUGUUUGUGGGUUCGACCGCGAAAAAUGGUGGCCAUACCACUCACCGGCAGCCGACACCGGUGAACGGGUUUCACGCGACGCUGGAGGCCGAGUUUCCCGAUGACAUUGAGGCACCGGCGGACGAGAUCCUUUAAGCGAGGCACCCAGCCACCAAUCGGUUAUUCGGUUUAGCUUUAAUAAUGAUCCUAUCGGUGAGAGAUAAGUUAAGUUACUGUGCGCAAAAUCGGUUAAAACGAGUUGUCCUCCGAUAAUGCUUCGUUUUUAAAACGAAACGGUGACUUGGAUAGAACGCUUGGUAAGAAGGAUUUUAUACAUAUUUUUACCCGGAAACACAAAAACUAAAACUGUUCCUGUCCCUUUGACGCUAGCUAGAAGUACGUUAACAGACGUAUUCUGUUGGAGCUGUAUGUAGAUAUUGUAAUUGCUUUCGUUCCGUUUACAUCGCUGUUUCUAAUGGAAAGGUAGCAAAAGGAAGCACGAACGCUUUAACGUGCUGAUGCAUUGUUUCCAAUGGACAAAUAUAUAUAAAAAUGUACUUUUCUGCACGGUUAUGAUAAUACGAACGAAUAAAUAAUAUUAAAUGUUAAUGUAGUCAAUGGUAAGCAGCAAAUGGGAAACUUAUUCGAACGUGUAUUAAUGACUGUGUCAUUUGCCAACGUGAAUUAAAUAAAUAUAACACAGAGCAACCUAGACGAACGAUGUCCGGGGUGUGCUAAAAAGCCAAAAAGAAACCCGAGCACAUACACACUUAAUCGUACUCGAGCUGGAUGGAUGGCUCGAGCAAAACAGACAAAGAUGUAAUAAAUAACGUUAAGCUGUUCGUUAAAAAACAACUAUAAGGAAAGUCUAGCAAACCCGCUCCGAAAAAGAGUUAUGCAUAAAGAUGUCUUUGUGAAAUAAAACUAUUACAUGUAAUAAAAUGUGCGAAAAAAAAACGUAGAAAUCUUUAAGGCAAAACACACGAAACAGUAGAUAAAUUUAAAUGCGUAUCGAUAUGAGACGGAAAAAUCAUUCUGUACCACACUGUAACUAUCACGUAAAUACGUUGUAUCUGUGCUCUUGGAAUGAGGUAAGAACAAAAAAAACCAAAACUGAAACCAUGUAAAACAAUAUGAAUUCAAGAUGAGUGGCAAAAAAAAAAAAAUAAAUCGGAAUUUGCUGUAAACUGAUACAGUUGGUU